GCUCGAUAAGCCGGCACCUCAGGUGACAAAAAACUGUCUUUUGAUUUUUUGGGGGGAGAAGGGUCCUCCUGAAAAUAUCUCAAAACAUAUCCUGCGUUAAAUCUUGUUUGAGUUUUGAUUGCUGGGCGUAUUUGGAUCUUCACAGGCAAACAACUCAGACAAUUGAAGAAGCGAACAGCAGUCAGAACUCUUUUAGCCGCCAAAAGUUAGGAGACAUACAACUGAUCAGAAGAGCUGGAAAAUCUGAGGUACGAAAAUAAAACUUUUAAAUAACAAGAAUGAUAUGGAAGCGAGAGGUGAUCUUUCCUAGUACAUUAUUUCUUAGCUAUUUCAGUGAUAUUCUUACUUUAAUCAUGACCAGCGUGAGUGCAAUAUUCCUGUUUAUUUCGGCAUCACUUUCAGUGUAUGUAAAAUAUUCAUGUGUUAUAUACAUACAAUAUAUAUUGUAAAGAGGGCACCGCGUCUGUUGUCCUCUCAUCCACGAAUGCCUCUUUCCUUCCAUCCUUCCUCCCUUCCUUAGUUCAGCGGUUGAAAGAUCUAUCCGUAUCCAAUCAUUGUUUUAUUAUUUAUUCAAAAUAAUUUCUAGUUUAAAAAGAUAGCUAAAACAUGCUUACCGUUACCUUAAUCGAUGUUAAGUUCCCGUCUUCAACUGCGUAUUUCUCGCCAAGUUCUGAAGAUAUUCAAUCUACAAAUAGUAGAUGUCGUCUGAAAAGAAACAUUUAACAUUGUUUUUCAUUUCAGUAUUUCUUCAUUUUGUAUUUUUUAUUAAUUCAAUAAAAGUCUUUUACUUUAUGUUUCACGUCAAUGCAUGGACAGCCUCUGUUUGUAUUUUGACAGUCGUCGCAUACACGAACUUGACUUCCUUUUACAGCGGUUAGCAUGUUCAUCGCUCACGCCACGCUGGUUCAUAGAAGCACUUCGUUAUAUCAAUGACCUUGUCCAUUCAGAAAAAAAAUGUCCUAUUUCUACUCUACCGUGUUGCACGGUUUUAAUAAUGAUUUCAGCUAGAGUGAUUGGAUUACGUUCACUGGAAAGUGAUGUUUUUUACAACUCUUGACCGGCGGAAAAAUGCAAAAAUUUUCUCCAUCAGUGACAUUUGCUAUAUAAAUAAAAAAGAACGAAAAAUAUCAGGUGUUGCAUGGACACUACUGGACACAGAAGGACGGACUUAUCAUGGCGACAAGACGCAAGCUUAACAGACUUUCCCUUCGCCUAACGAGACACUUGUUUUUUUUGUGAACACAUACUCGGACCCAUGAUGUAGAUAAUUCAUAACUAGUAUUUAUGUUAACCUUGAUGGCCAUAAGUUUCUCUAUUCUCUGGUGGGUUUCGACCGGUCCAUUCUUUACUUAUUUACUCUAUUUUUUUUAUUGAUCUAUAUUACAAUUAUUUUCUCCCCAAAACGACGAUAUAUUUUAUGUAAUAAAAAAUUCUAUUUUUUUUAUUGAUAGAAAUAUUUCUGAAACUUGAACUAGAAUCAAACUUAAACAACUGAGCAAAAUACUGGUCGGAUCUUUCUCUGAAAAAAAAAAUGCAUUGUUUUGAAGGGAAAGAAGUUAUUUUUUCCAGUAAAACAACCGUGUCAUAGAACAAGUUUAAAUUUCAUUUUAUCCAUGUUUUCUCGGAAAAUAUAUUCAUUAUUUUAUGUGGUAUUCACGACUUACAAAAAUGCAAAAAUAAAAAAAAAAACGUCUUGAAAGAUAUAGUGUAAAGAAGUAUUUUUAAGACUGCAGCUUAAUUGGCUUCUAUGUUUCUAUUUUUUUUUGUUCUAACUCCCGGUCUCCGCCGUCUCACAGAAAGCUUGAACAGACUUUUUAAAAUUGACUUUGUUUGAUCAAAUAAACACCAGGGUGAUCUGCGAACGGACUAUAUAAUUCCCUGGGGUACUUCCUUAUAAUAAUCUGUCUCCGUCUCCGGGUGAACUCCUCUAUAGAAGUUACUGAUAGGAUCAUAUAAUUAUGUAGAUUAGCUGCAUAGAUAAUUAACGUUAUUGUCUGCAAAUAGGAGAGAGUUUUUAUCCCCAGUUUUUACCCUGACCAGGGUAAUGCACAUAUGGGAGAUAAGGUAAAGGAUUUAAGGAAUUAUGAAUCGUGGCAUCACCGCCAUUUUCCGGUAGGUUUUGAUAGAUUAGACUACCAAAUUUUUGGCACAAUUAGUCACUACGAGCAUAAUUUUCACCUGUUUUUCGAAAGAAAGCACCGCUAGCAUAAUUUGCACGUUUUGGUAUAAUUUUGCAGUGUAAAAAUUGUCAUUUAUUGAACAUGCAACCAGUGUUUUUGGUCCGAGAGCUGUUUUACAGGGAAAUCUAAGUAACGAAUUCAUUUAUUUGUCUGUUUAUUGUCACAUUCAUGGGACCUGGGUCAAACAGGAAGUGACUCAGGACUCUCUCCACAAGACUCAACGUAUUGACCUAACAGGCUCGGUUACCUGGGGUGGCGUCCGCGCGUUGGUUGAUUAUUGGUUGAGUUUUCGUACUUGUCAGAGAAUGAAUUAAGGACUCUUAAAGUUUCUUGGUGUAAACAGGGUAAAUGAGUUUGCCAUUUAAUUGUACAUGAAGCAUUGAGGUGUUUUUUUUUUAACAAAUCUAAAGUAAAAAGUGAGAAGCAUAAUUUCUGCAUUUUGUUUGCUAAAACGAGCUUAAUUUACAAAAACUAGCAGAAUUAUUGGCAUAAUUUUAGAAAUAUACGAGCACUGCAAGUAGCAUAUCAUGCUACUUUUGCGAGCACAGUCUAUCAAAGCCUAUUUUCUAGGGUACCUCCUUUCUUUCCUCCCCUCCUCUCCCCUCCCGCUAACUCGUGGUUAUUAAACUUUGCGUGCCUAACUCUUUAACACCCACGAAAUAAAUUCAGUGACAUUCUAUGAACCAUGAUUAUUUUGUUUUCAACAGAUUGGAAGAUGGCAGGCAUGAAAACAUUAAUCAUUAUUUUCGUUACCAUGUUCCCAGUCGCGAUGAUAACAGAGGAAGAUGUAAAUCAUGGAGGUAACAACUAACCACUACGACGUCACUAACAAAUUUAAUUGCGCACCUGCGAAUUGUUUCCAUUAUAUUUCAGCGUCCUGUCUACUCUGCUUCAUGUACAGAAAGCCGCUUAAAAUUUUAAUUUUUACACUUUACCUAAAACACCAUUUCGAGGAUUUAUUCACCACAAUUUUUACGUCGUCCAUAAAAUUUGCAUGAGAAUUGUUUUCAAUUUUUCCUGUAAGUAUAAGCAGUCAUCAUAAGAGAAAUUGAAGACAAUUUACUGAUGCAAAAUUUUUGGGGGGUAAACAAGAUGUUUUACGGUCGAUGUAAAAAUGGUGAAUAUGUUAACAACUUCUAAUAAAACAAAUAUAAUAGUAUUAUAUUUGUUUUAUUAUUAUUUUUUUAAUUUUACACUUCAAAAAUGCGCGAUCAACAUUUGGCAAGAUUUCUUUCGUUCAGUGUCCGUUCAUGAAUUGCUUUGCGCUAUUGUUUUUUUCUAAUGGAUUUCAAAGAAAUUUGCUGUACAGUCAGCUCUCUCUUAACAAACACCUCUUUAGACGGACAAUCCUCUGGUGUUGGCCCCUGUCAUUGUCCAGUCAUUUGACUGUAACUAUGCUCUAAUAAUAAUAUUAUUAUUAUUAUUUUAUUAUUAUCGUCAUUGUCAUUAUCAUUAUCAUUAUCGUUAUCGUUAAAAUUAUUAAAUAUUCUUAUUGUUAUUAUUUUAUCGUCAUUUUCUAUUAUUUUAUUAUUUAUUACAAUUAUAAUAAUUGUUAUAUUUAUUAUUGUUUUGCAAAGUUGAUAAAAUGCCGUUAGCUUACACAUUGAAAUUUUUUGUUCAUAUGUGUUGCUGCUUUCCAGUUUGUCCCGUUCCGAUGAAUAAAGAAGAAGAGGAGUUUAUUAAAGAGCGGGAAAGAAACAGAGAACUAAUGGAAGAAAUCGCCAGAGAAAUUGAAAUGACGUGCUCAGGUAAGUUAAAAAAUGAAAAUAAAUAACAAUAUUAAAAACCUUGGAUGAGAAAGUCCUUCCGCGCGAAUUGCACGCCCUUUUGAAUAGUUUAACCCUUUGGGACAAUUGGGAGUGUUAAUGGAACAAUGCAGAGUUUGCAUUUCUAAAGCCACUUACCCUUUUAGACCCUGUUUACAUGGAGUGGGGGACCCCGGUUUAGUGGGGUAGGUUUCUUUUGUUUUGUGUCCCCCAGAGCGUGAAAACAAAAGAAACCAUACCCACUAGACCGGGGUCCUCCACUCCAUGUAAACAGGCCCUUAGUUUCCCAUUUAGUUGUUAAGCAGCAAAUCCAGGAAGCUAUACAUACACUAUCUAUAGGUAGCCAUUUUGACUUCUGAGGGAAAUAACCCACCCAGCCCAGAAAAGGUUGGCCAUACCACCGAGGUUUACGUCCAAUACUCUUUCCAGUAUACGGUGGUGUGGGUUCUUUUAGGUCGCACAAGUACCAGAUAAGUCCUGCCGGACCUACGUUUUUUAUUCCUUAUCCGAGAAGAUUACAAAGUCUAACCGUUUUCAGAUGUCGUUACGAAGGCAGCACUUUCUUCUCAGUUAUUUAAAGAACCUGAGUGUUGGCCCGGCCGGGGUUUGAACCCGCAACCUCCCGCUCAGCAGACAGGCACUCUCCCGACUGAGCUAACCAGAGGGCGGAGGUUAAAAAAACUUGGAGCACUGCUACCUUACUAUGAAAAUCCUGACUAAUCUUGUGAGAGAUUUAGACAAACAUUUUGGGCAAAAAUCCAUUGCCAAUUUCGCUAUUCGCCACUUGAAUUUCUCCUAUUCCGGGAAGCUAAAUAGCCCCAAUUCCGUGAGGUGAAAGGCUAUAAGUUGGACUAGAUAUCUAUAGAAUAAAAGAGCAAACGAGAAACUCCUGAAAACGUUUAUGGUAGUUUUUUUUUUCUAAAAACGCACAAACUUUUACGACUUGGAAUUUAAUGGAACCAAUUUAGAUAAACGAUUUCUAGUCCAUGAGCCAUUUUGUGAGAAGUGGGUAAAUUCAAAGCCUUUCUCUCAAGUUAUUAACCCCUUUCAAUUCGAUCAAGCUUUUUCAGUUCAUGGUGACAAUUGAAACUUAGGGUGCGUUUGAUUUCAUGGGAAAUCCGGAUUUGAGUUUAAAGUGCGGGUUUUAGAUUUGGCAAUCGAACGCGAAAUGCAAAACGGACUUCACCCUCACCCCCUGAGAAAUCCUUCCUCAAAUCAUGACUUUAUGGAUUCCUUUAUACCGUUCUAGUUGAAAAAACUGUUCUCGUGAACAGUGUUUUUUUUUCUGCUUGUUAUGCGUGCGCAUGCGAGACAAAUGCUCUCUCAAAAACAGUUCAAAUCUUUUCUCGUAUCCCCGAAAUACUGAUUACCAAAGGUCAAAUUUCACUUGUAUACCAACCACAUAGACCAGCAACACCAUACGAUAACAGGCCUUUAAAUGCAAUAUUUUUUUGUUUGGAGUAUUGAUACCAACGUUUUCUCACUGAAUUUUAAACAAGAGAUCAUGAUAUCAGUUGUUUGUGCUUACAGGAGAGACGUUUAAGUCAAGGAAAUUCUUAUAACUAACUUUUACUUGCUGAUUUGUAGACGAGUGUAAAACAGGACUACAUAACUGCCACAGUGAUGCAUACUGCACCAACACCAAGCAUUCCUUCACGUGUACUUGCAAAGCAGGAUAUACUGGGGAUGGCGUCAACAACUGUGCAGGUAACAUAAUAUGGAGCUGAAACGAACAGGAAUUUAUGUUAAGUCAUAUGCUAUUCCAUGCCAAAAAUAGUACAGCCAAAUGGAAAGGUAGAAACCAGUUUUCAUAUUCAGUCAGUGGUAUGUCACAGGUUGUAUCUACGAAAAGGGUUUUGGCCUUGGUACGUGUAAAGUUGUGGCCUCCAAUUUUUCCCACAGAAAUUAAUAACAACGGAAAUAAUUUUAACCGCCAAAAAAGUAUAUUUAAAGCCAACGCUGCAAUGUACGUAUGUUAAUACAGCAAAAAGGCAACAUUUGUAUUCUUGCGUUAACAAAAGCUAAUAAUAAUAACUGCGACAACUUAACUGGUCGAGCUCGAGCCGUAUCCCCAAUAAAGCACACAGGCUUAGAGCCAGUUAGGCUGGGGAAACAAAAAGUGUGACCAACAUAUGUCUGGGACAGGAAACACCGAGCUCAAAGGCUUAGAAACAGAAAAAACUUGGGAUCUAUCUUUGACAUAACGAGACCAUCAAGUGCCAUCAAUUGAAUUAGUGUCCCGUGUAAUCGCCUAAUUUUAAAAACUGAUUUAUUCAUUCGUGGACUACCAGUCUCGAAAGCAUUGCAUUGCUAUCUCUCAUUCAAUAGAUAUAAAACUGAAAUAGAACUGAUUCAGUUUGAUAAUUCAUCAUUAACUCUUGAUUUCCAGACAUAAACGAGUGUAACACAGGAAAACACAGCUGUGACGUCAGUAGUUCAGUGUGCUAUAACACUAUAGGAUCCUUCGGGUGUGCUUGCAAGGAAGGUUAUUCUGAAAAUGGAGAAGAUAAAUGUACAGGUAACACUUAA